AUGUCGACCGGAAUGACUGCCGCAGCAUUAUAUGCUUGCACCAUGACGAGCCCCACGGCGCUGGGUGCUGUCCCCGAAGACUCGGCGGCCAAGGCGCAUCAUUUGAAGAAUGGGAAGGGGUUUGCAAAUCCCUGGGAAUCGUGGAGGGAGAUGUCUACCGGGCAGAUUACAAGGGCUGUAUUAUGGCGUAACAUAACAGGAGACUGGAAAUGGCCAGAUACAACACCUCCAACCGUAACUGUUCAAAAACCAACCUUCCUUCCCAGCCGGACAGCCUCCACAGUCCUGCGGGCAACAUGGCUCGGCCACGCCUGUUACUACGUCGAGUUCCCUAGCGGCCUCCGCGUUCUCUUCGACCCCGUAUUUGAAGAGCGUUGUAGCCCAUUCUCAUUCCUGGGCCCCAAACGCUACACCGAAAAGCCCUGCGAUAUCAAAGACCUUCCCGUCGUAGAUCUGGUAGUAAUAAGCCACAGCCACUACGACCACCUCUCGCACCCCACAAUCCUCGAACUACACAAACACCAUCCGAACGCACACUUCCUCGUCGGUCUCGGCCUGAGAAAAUGGUUCGAACAAACGGGGAUUAAAAAUGUGCAGGAGAUGGAUUGGUGGACGGAUGUAGACGUCACACUUUCGCCUACUAAAGCUGGAGAUGAGAAACGUGUUUCUACUACUUCUUCGUCAGCGUCUCGUUCAGAUAUCCCAUUGCCCAACUCAGACGGAGACAUCGUAGCAAGGAUAUCCUGUCUCCCCUGCCAACACACAUCCGCCCGCCACGCCUUUGACAAGAACACAACCCUCUGGUGCUCCUGGGCCGUUUCAUCAGGAGGAAAAUCGGUCUGGUUCGGCGGGGACACAGGCUACAGGGCUGUCCCAGAAGUCCCCAAAGGUGAAGACGAUUAUGGUGAGGCCUACGCCGAUUUACCCCACUGCCCGGCCUUUAAGCAGAUUGGAGAAUUGAAGGGGCCGUUUGACUUGGGCUUGAUUCCUAUAGGCGCUUAUGAUCCAAGAUAUAUUAUGAGCUCUAUGCAUGCGAAUCCAUUUGAUAGUGCGAACAUUUUUGUGGAUACCAAGUGUAAGAGGGCGAUGGCUAUCCAUUGGGGCACUUGGGUUUUGACGACUGAGAAAAUCUUGGAGCCACCAAUGUUGCUGAAGAAGGCGAUGGCGUGGAAGGGGUUGCCGGAGACAGGGGUUUUUGACGUCUGUGAUAUUGGCGAGAGUAGGGAGUUUUAA